AGGUAUGGCCUCACAGCUGCAGGUGUUCUCCCCUCCAUCAGUAUCUUCGAGUGCCUUCUGCAGUGCCAAGAAACUGAAAGUGGAGCCCUCUAGCUGGGAUGUUUCAGGACCAAGCAACAGUGACGAGUAUUACAGUCACAGCAAAAAUCUCCCAGGUGCACAAGGGCCAACAAGCUCCUCUCAUCAGGUAGCAAACUUCAGCAUCCCUGCUUAUGACCAGAGCCUCCUUCUCCCUGCUCCUUCAGUUGAGCACAUUGUGGUCACAGCAGCAGACAGCACAGGCAGCGGUGGAACAACAUCUUUCCAAAACAGCCAGGCCCUAACACACAGGGGCAACAUUUCUUUGCUGGAACCGUAUCAAAAAUGUGGAUUAAAAAGGAAAAGUGAGGAAGUUGACAGCAACGGUAGCGUCCAGAUAAUUGAGGAACAUCCACCUCUCAUGCUGCAAAACAGACCUGCGGUGGGUGCUGCGGCCACAACCACCACUGUGACGACUAAAAGUAGCAGUUCCAGUGGUGAGGGGGAUUACCAGCUGGUCCAGCAUGAAAUCCUUUGUUCCAUGACAAACAGCUAUGAAGUUUUGGAGUUCUUGGGCCGAGGGACCUUUGGACAGGUGGCAAAAUGUUGGAAGCGCAGCACUAAGGAGAUUGUAGCUAUCAAAAUCCUGAAGAACCAUCCUUCCUAUGCCAGGCAGGGGCAGAUUGAAGUGAGUAUCCUCUCUCGGCUCAGCAGUGAGAAUGCUGAUGAAUAUAACUUUGUCCGCUCAUACGAGUGUUUUCAACAUAAAAACCACACAUGCCUGGUGUUUGAGAUGCUGGAACAAAACUUGUACGACUUCUUAAAACAGAACAAGUUUAGCCCUCUGCCUCUGAAAUACAUCCGGCCCAUUUUGCAACAGGUGGCCACUGCCUUGAUGAAGCUUAAAAGCCUGGGUCUGAUACAUGCUGACCUGAAGCCUGAAAACAUCAUGUUGGUCGAUCCUGUGCGCCAGCCAUACAGGGUGAAGGUUAUAGACUUUGGCUCUGCUAGUCAUGUUUCGAAAGCUGUGUGUUCCACUUAUUUGCAAUCACGUUAUUACAGAGCCCCUGAAAUCAUUUUGGGUUUACCGUUUUGUGAAGCUAUUGAUAUGUGGUCGCUGGGCUGUGUGAUAGCUGAGCUGUUUCUUGGUUGGCCUCUGUAUCCGGGAGCUUCAGAAUAUGAUCAGAUUCGCUAUAUUUCACAAACUCAAGGCCUUCCAGCAGAGUAUCUUCUGAGUGCAGGAACGAAAACAAGCAGGUUUUUUAACAGAGAUCCAAACUUGGGAUACCCACUGUGGAGACUGAAGACUCCAGAAGAACAUGAGUUGGAAACGGGAAUAAAAUCAAAGGAGGCUCGGAAAUAUAUUUUCAACUGUUUGGAUGACAUGGCGCAGGUAAAUAUGUCUACAGACUUGGAAGGAACAGAUAUGUUGGCAGAGAAAGCUGACCGAAGAGAAUAUAUUGAUUUGUUAAAGAAAAUGUUGACAAUUGAUGCGGAUAAGAGGAUUACUCCACUGAAGACUUUGAACCAUCAGUUUGUGACAAUGAACCAUCUAUUGGACUUCCCACACAGCAACCAUGUGAAAUCAUGCUUUCAGAACAUGGAGAUUUGCAAGCGAAGGGUUAACAUGUAUGACACAGUUAAUCAAAUCAAGAGCCCUUUCACAACACAUGUGGCACCAAACACAAGUACAAAUCUCACGAUGAGUUUCAACAACCAGCUCAAUACUGUGCACCAUCAGGCUAGUGUUUUGGCUUCCAAUUCUACAGCUGCUGCUACUCUGUCUCUGGCAAAUUCAGAUGUUUCUCUGCUCAAUUAUCAGUCUGCUCUGUACCCAUCAUCUGCUGCACCAGUUGCUGGUGUGGCACAGCAAAGUGUUUCUUUACAGCCUGGAACCACACAGAUCUGCACCCAGACAGACCCAUUCCAACAAACUUUCAUUGUGUGUCCACCUGCCUUUCAAACCGGUCUUCAGGCAACCACAAAGCAUUCUGGAUUCCCCGUCAGGAUGGACAAUGCUGUUCCAAUUGUGCCACAGGCACCGGCAGCUCAGCCACUUCAGAUCCAGUCAGGAGUUCUCACACAGGUAAAAGGAAGCUGUACACCACUAAUGGUAGCAACUCUUCAUCCUCAAGUAGCCACCAUCACGCCGCAGUAUGCGGUGCCCUUUACUCUGAACUGCGCAGCCGGCCGGCCAGCGCUAGUAGAACAGACGGCUGCAGUACUGCAGGCCUGGCCUGGUGGGACCCAACAGAUCCUGUUGCCAUCUACCUGGCAACAGCUUCCCGGGGUUGCACUGCACAACUCUGUCCAGCCUACAGCUGUGAUUCCAGAGACCAUUGGAAGCAACCAGCAGUUAGCUGACUGGAGAAAUGCCCAUUCACAUGGAAAUCAGUACAGCACGAUCAUGCAGCAGCCAUCUUUGCUGACCAACCAUGUCACUCUGGCUACAACUCAGCCUUUGAAUGUUGGAGUGGCUCAUGUUGUGAGGCAGCAGCAAAGUAAUGCAGUGCCGGCAAAAAAGAACAAACAGCCAACCCAUACUGCCACAAAGCCUGCAUCUACUCUGGAGGCCGUUCCAACUCAAGUCUACUCACUUAUAGGGAGCAGCCCGCUACGUGCCGCAUCUUCUUCCUCCAGUGCUCUCCUUCCAGGGCAGGAACAGCACCAGCCCAUUGUUAUUCCAGACACUCCUAGUCCCCCGGUCAGUGUAAUCACCAUCCGCAGCGACACCGAUGAAGAGGAAGACAGUAAAUACAAGCCUGGAAGCUUGGGUAUGAAGCAGAGAUCCAACGUCAUCAGCUACGUGACAGUUAACGAUUCCCCUGACUCAGACUCCUCGUUGAACAGCCCCUACGCAUCAGAUGCACUUUCCACACUUAGGAGCUCUGGGGCAGCAAUGGAGCAGAACAGAGGGGCAGCUGAAAGCUCUAGCUCCCGAACCAUUAUUGUGCCUCUGAAAACGCAGCUCAGUGACUGUAUCGUAGCCACCCAAGCCUCAGGCGUCCUGAGCAGCCUGAGCAAGACCAAGCCAGUGGCAUCUGUAAGUGGGCAAUCUUCAGGGUGCUGUAUCACGCCAACAGGAUAUCGGCAGCACCGGGUGGUGACAAAUGGUGUACAGCCGCUCAACCUUAGUCAGAACCAGCAAGCAACUGUACUGGCCUCACAGGAGAGAAGCGGAAACCCAGCUCCACGCAGACAGCAGGCGUAUGUUGCUCCUCUGCCCACGACGAUCGCUCAGGCUCCCUACACCUUCCAGCAUAGCAGCCCAGUGCAUCCCCACUUGGCAGCAGCAACAGCAAGCCAGCCUCACAUGUACACCUACGCACCGACCACGGCUGCCACGCUGGGCUCCACCAACUCCAUUGCGCAUCUCUUCUCCCCUCAGGGCUCCUCCAGGCACACCACCUACGCGGCACACCCAAGCACUCUUGUGCACCAGGUCCCAGUCAGCGUGGGACCUAGCUUGCUGACCUCUGCCAACGUAGCACCGGCUCAGUAUCAACAUCAGUUUGCCACCCAGUCCUACAUUGGUGCUUCCAGAGGAUCUGCUAUUUACACUGGAUACCCACUGAGCCCUACCAAGAUUAACCAGUACUCCUACUUGUAGCUUUUGGGGCAGAGAUCAGUGGUAGCUGUUUUGCAUCUUGAUCAUUAGAAACGCAGAAAUCUGCAGUGGGUUUUGAAAUAUCCUGUCAGCUCCUCUACAGUACCACUGUGUAACCAGAGAAGGAGAAC